AUGAAGACGACGCACCACGGCAGGAAGCGCCGGAUCAUCGCCUCGCACGAGGACGUCGUCUUGCUCUACGCGGGAGAGCGACUUCCGGACGACGAGCCGCUGUCGGCGUCGGAGGUGCCGCCGGGGUGUAAGGUGCGCCGAAUUUUUCACCCACCCCGUGGCGUGGUUUCAACAUACUGUAACAUUUGA